GAUCCAGUGUGAAGAAGAAGAGGAGGAGGAAGAAGAAAAAGGAGAAGAAGCAGCUAAAUUUCUGUUUUUCUCCACAGUCUUUCAGAUUUAGUUGGAAUCUACAACAAUAUGAAGAACUAUUCAGAAAUCUCUGUGUUUUUAUUAAUAAUCUGUGUGUUUGGAGCUGAUGGAGAUGAUGUGAAGAUAGUGUCAGUGCAGAAGGGAGAUUCUGUCACUCUAAACACUGGUUUAAGAGGGCAGAUUAAUCUAAUAAAUUGGAAGUUUGGAGAUUCAGACUCACUCAUUACUAAUGAUGAGAGAUUCAGAGACAGACUGGAGCUGAAUUAUCAGACUGGAUCUCUGACCAUCAACAACAUGAGAGUCACAGACUCUGGACUUUAUCAUCUAUUUAUGGAUCUUCACAACUAUGGGCUCUUAUUUAGGACAUUCAUUGUUACUGUCCAUGGAGUGUUUGAUGAAGAUGAAGUGAAGACAGUGUCAGUGAUGGAGGGAGAUUCUGUCACUCUAGAAACUCGUUUAAGAGAGAAAUUUAAUCGUAUAAAGUGGAGGUUUGGAGAUUCAGGCUCAGUCAUUGCUGAAAUUCAUAGUAAUGAGAUCUCAUAUCCCUUCAAUGACACUGAGAGAUUCAGAGACAGACUGAAGAUGAAUAAUCAGACUGGAUCUCUGAUCAUCAAGAACAUGAGAAUCACAGACUCUGGAGUUUAUGAAAUAGAGAUCGAUCACUACUAUUGGAACCCAUAUACAGUAUUCAAUAUUGUUAUCUGUGAACCAUUUCAUCCACAUCCAGAUCUAGAUCUGCCUCCAGAUGCUGUAACGCAAACAGUUUUUGUCGUUCUGCUGCCAGUGUUUGCUGUUGUUGCUGCAGUUUCUGCUGUCUUAUGCUAUCGCUGUAAGAUCUCUAAACGAGAAAGGCAAAACGAAGAAGAGAAGACUGAAUCCACCAAAGAGGGAGAAUCUGUCGCUCUAAAGACUGAUACUGAAAAACAGACAGAUGAGGAGAAACUGAAGCUGGAUCAUCAGACUGGAUCUCUGAAAACCACAGACUCUGGAGAUUAUAAACUAUAGAUCAAACCCUGCAGCGAAGGUUCCAGAGGAAAAAAUGCAAAUGAGACUUUAGAGAUUCCGCUGUUGAGUGAAGAAGAUCCGGAUAGAGCAAGAGUUCAGUACGUUAAGGCUUGUCCAUAAGUGCACUAUGAAGUGCACGUGUCGUUUCAUACAGGUUUGGAAUGACAUGAGAGUGAGUAAAUGACAAGUUUUAAUUUAUCAAACUGUAUAUAAGAGAGUUCAUGACCAUCAAGUGCCACAUUCAGUGAGUUGACGUCAGUGACAAAAGACAGUCAUUGCGACACUGUAAAGUGAUGGCGCUAUGGAGCCAUGUGCCUUUAAACUGUUUUAAUAGGUUUAACGUUACAUUAUCAGCUCAGAAAAUACACUAAUUUGACUAGAAACACCAAAGACUGGAAAUAUAAAGCAUCCUUCCAGUUACAAGUCAGGCGUGACUUCCACGUUCAGGAAAAGGUCUAUAUGAAAUAAUUAUGCUUAAAUAUGUUAUUCAAACAAAUGUCCUGACAAGGUCCUCGGUUCAUGAGUCUGGAGGACGUUUUAUGUGGAGUUUGCAACAGAUGCAUCAGUCCAAAGACAUUCAGGAUUGUUCAACUGGAGUUCCUACAUUGAGUUUAAAUGUGAAUGUGUUUUUCUGUGUGUGAGAGUCUUGUGAUGGACUGUUUCUCUGCCUUUGGGACAGACUCCAGCGUCCCUACAACACUACAGAGGACAAGCCGUUUGGAGAAUGGAUGAAUCUAAAUGUAAAGUGCCUUUAUAUUCACUCUGAAGCACUUGACCGAUGAACUCAGCCUUACUGCACUUCUACCAUUUUUUUUUUUUUUUUUUUUUUGCACAUUUGUUCAGUAUUAAAGAACCUUUGAAUUA